CGGGCCGGCGAGUCAGGCGCGGACGACUCGGGCUGCGACACGGAGCCCGAGCCGACGCCUGGCCCCCCCGGCUCAAUGGCGGAGCGGCGCGGCCCAGCCAUGGCCGACGUCGAGCAGCUGGCGCGCUCCGUCGUCUCCGACACCAUCGAGCGCGCCAAGAGCGAUGCCAAGCUACAGCGGGAGCUGGACGCGCGUCGCCGCGACCCCGAGAGCGACGAUGACGGCUGGCUUGACAUCGUCGGCAAUGGACAACUCAAGAAAAAGGUGCUGACUCCCGGCUCUGGCGAUCGGGAGAGCCGGCCGCGGCGCAGCCAGGUGGUGACUGUGGAGCUGUCGGCGCGGCUGGCCGACGGCCGGCAGACGGGUGCCCUGCCGGCCCGGCUCACGUUCGGCCUCGGGGACGGCGAGGUCAUCACUGGUCUGGACAUGGCCGUCGGCCUCAUGCAGCCCGGCGAGACAGCCGACGUGUUCAUGGAGCCCAGGUUCGCGUACGGUGAGCGCGGUCUGGAGGAGGGCGUGCCGCCCAACGCCAGCCUGACGUUCACCGUCCGCCUGGUGGACGUGCAGCCCGAGCCCAAGUACGAGGAGAUGAGCGCCCAGGAGCGGCUCGUCGUCGGGAACGCGAAGCGGGACCGUGGCAACUGGUGGUUCAAGCGGGACGACUUCAACCACGCCAUCCAGUGUUACCGGCGCGCGCUGGACUUCUUCGACAACGAGACCGACGAGUUCACGGGUCUGCCCGACGACGUGCACGUGCUGUUCGAGGAGCGGCUGAAGGUGCACAACAACAUGGCGGCGGCGCAGAUGAAGCUGGAAGCGUUCGACGCGGCGCUGCGCUCCGUGCAGGUGGUGCUCAGCUGCCAGCCUCAUAACGUCAAGGCGCUGUACCGCAAGGGCAAGAUCCUGAUCGCGCAGGGCAAGCUGUCGGAGGCGGCCGAGGCGCUGACGCUGGCGCUGACGCACAGCCCCGACAACCGGACCGUGCAGGCCGAGCUCAGCCGUCUGCAGGCGCGGCAGCGGAAGCUGGCGGAGGAGCAGAAGAGCCUGUAUAGGAAGAUGUUGGGCCUGCCGCCGGCGGAACCGAAGCCCGCGGUCACCGUCGCGCCCGGAAAGUCGAUUCCGGUUAAGCUGCUGGCCUGCGGUGUGGCGUGCGCCCUGGCCGCCAUCGCCGUCAGCAAGAUGAAUCUGUUCUAGCGGCUCGCCUGCCGACCACAGCUCAGCCCGCGGAGCGCGGGCGCUCGCAGGCCUCGCCGCCGCCGCCGCCGCCGCCGCCGCCACCACCACUCUGUUCGACGGCGUGCCGCGACUGAUACGUGCACAGAGCGAUGCGUGUGUUCGAUUGCGUGCUGUUCGUCGGCGGGUCGGAAGGAGACCCCGCCUCGGCCGGCUGUUCCGCGCGCCCGCCGCCAGUGGGCCCGCCGCCGGGGGACUCCUCUCCGCUCGGGGAGGCCACCCGCCGGCGCCCGUCUCUGUAGCGGUGGAUCAUGCUGAAGCCCAGCGUCGAGCCGGCGCCCCGGUCCCGCCCCCGCCCCCGGCAGGCUGCCGGGGGCGCACAGGCCCGCCCAGAGCCCCGGCCAGCCAUCAGAAACCUGUGGACCAAUUGUUGAUUGAUGUUGUAUCAUGUUGCACUGCUGUGAGCCCCGUUGUCACUUGCGAGCAGGUGUAUAAUACAUUAUCUA